UCCCGCAGAGUCAGCGUCCUGGUGGGAGCGCCCAAAGCCAACACCACGCAGCCGGAGAUCGUGGAAGGAGGAGCGGUGUACCACUGCCCCUGGCCCGCCGCCCGCUGCAGCCAGAUCCCCUUCGAUAACACCAACAACAGGAAAAUUAAAGUCAACGGCACCAGGGAACCUAUUGAGUUUAAGACAAAUCAGUGGUUUGGGGCAACAGUCAAAGCUCAUAAAGAAAAAGUUGUGGCUUGUGCUCCCCUAUAUCAUUGGAGAACCCUUAAAGAUACCCCUGAGAAGGACCCCGUUGGCACCUGCUACGUAGCAAUUCAGAACUUCAGUGCCUAUGCUGAAUAUUCACCUUGUCGCAACAGCAAUGCAGAUCCCGAAGGACAAGGCUUUUGUCAAGCAGGUUUCAGCUUAGAUUUUUACAAGAAUGGAGACCUGAUAGUAGGCGGGCCUGGUAGUUUUUAUUGGCAAGGUCAGGUAAUCACUGCGAGCAUCGCGGAUAUCAUUGCAAAUUACUCCUUCAAGGAUAUUUUGAGGAAGCUGGCACGAGAGAAGCAAACAGGAGUGGCCCCACCCUCAUAUGAUGACAAUUACAUGGGAUACUCAGUGGCUGCCGGGGAAUUUACUGGGGAUUCUGAACAAGAGUUGGUUGCUGGAGUCCCAAGGGGAGCACAGAACUUCGGCUAUGUUUCAAUUAUUAAUUCUUCAGACUUGACCUUUAUCCAGAAUUUCACUGGUGAACAGAUGGCGUCUUAUUUUGGGUACACUGUUGCAGUAUCUGAUGUUAACAAUGAUGGUUUAGAUGAUAUCUUAGUUGGUGCCCCUCUCUUCAUGGAACGGGAAUUUGAGAGCAAGCCUAAAGAAGUUGGGCAAGUUUAUCUGUACCUGCAAGAAAGUGCUUUCCUCUUCCGAGAUGCACAAAUCCUCACAGGCACUGAAGUGUUUGGUAGAUUUGGCAGUGCAAUCACACACCUUGGAGAUCUCAAUCAGGACGGAUAUAACGACAUUGCUAUUGGUGCACCAUUUGCAGGAGAAGACAGAAGAGGGAAAGUGCUCAUUUACAAUGGAUACAGUAAUGGGUUAAAUACUAACCCUUCCCAGGUUCUCAAUGGAGCCUGGGCCUCCCAGUCUAUUCCUUCGGGAUUUGGCUUCACUCUAAGAGGAGACUCAGAUGUAGACAAGAAUGAUUACCCAGAUUUAAUUGUAGGUGCAUUUGGAGCUGGAAAAGCAGUUGUUUACAGAGCCAGACCCGUUGUGACUGUGAAUGCUCAGCUCAUUCUGAACCCCAUGAUUGUGAAUCCAGACAACAAAACUUGUCAGCUCCCUGGCUCUCAGCUUUUGGUGGCCUGCUUCACUGUAAGAGUCUGCGCAGACUUUGAAGGUCAGAGUAUUUCAGAUGAGAUAGUGCUGAAAGGUGAAUUGCAAUUAGAUUCAUUGAAACAGAAAGGAGCUGUUAAGAGGACUCUCUUCUUUGAUUACCAUCAGUCACAUCAUUACUUCUCCAUUGGGAUAGAAAGACAGAAACAGCCCCAUUGCCAGAACUUCCUUGUUUAUCUCAGAGAUGAAACAGAAUUUAGAGAUAAAUUAUCUCCCAUCAAUAUAAACUUGAAUUAUAGCUUGGAUGAAUCCAAUUUUGAAGAUAGCUUGACUGUGAAGCCAAUACUGAACUAUUACCAGAAAAGCUCAGUAACAGAACAGGCUUACAUUCUUGUUGACUGUGGGGAGGACAACUUGUGCAUUCCUGACUUGCAGCUUUCUGCUAUGCCAGAUAAAGAUCAGCUCAUAAUUGGAGAAGAAAACUGUGUCAUGCUCAUAAUAAAUCCAAGGAAUGAUGGGGAAGGAGCCUAUGAAGCUGAGCUACAUAUAAGGAUUCCACCUGAAGCAGAUUACACCGGGGUUGAGCGCAACAACAAGGCGCUGCGUGUCCUGAGCUGUGAUUACAAGAUGGAAAAUGACACGAGGAUGGUGGUUUGUGAUCUCGGGAAUCCCAUGGUGGCUGGCGCAAACUUCUCUACAGGCAUUCGAUUUUCUGUUCAGCAUUUUGAAAGCGCAGAUUUCAGCAUCAAUUUUGAGCUGCAAAUAAAAAGUUCUAACAAGAUUAAUCCCACCAGCAAUGUAGUUAACCUCCAUAUCAACAUCAGUGCUGUGGCUCAAGUACAGAUCAGAGGAGUGUCUCACCCCCCAACAAUUAUUUUGCCACUUCACAACUGGGAACCUAAAGAUGAACCUACAAAAGAAGAAGAAAUUGGUCCUUUAGUAGAACACAUCUACGAGCUGCACAACAUAGGACCAAGUGCCAUCAACAACACGGUUCUCCAUGUUGGUUGGCCUGUGUCCAGUCGAGAAGAAUUUCUUCUUUAUAUUCUUCAUAUUCAGACACAUGGACCAUUGCACUGUCAAACGAGCUCUCCUAUUAAUGCAAUGCAAAUAAAGUUUGCAAUUCCACAAGACACUCCUGAACUUGCGGCUUUUUUGUAUAACUCAACAAUUUCUCAUUACAUCAGGAGAAGGGAUGUCACAGUGGCAGAACUUCACAGGAAGAACUCUGCAAAAAUACUGAACUGUACAAAUGUGAAGUGUAUCCUGAUUUCCUGCACUGUGGGACAGCUGGAAAGAGGGAAGAGUGCAGCGCUAAAAAUCAGGUCCCGGCUAUGGGCCCAAACAUUCCUGGAGAGAAAAAACGAUCCGUAUACUCUUUCUUCCAAUGUGUCCUUCGAAGUUACAAGCAUGCCUUAUAAAGUGCAACCAGCAAGGCUCCCCGAGGGAAGCACAGCAAUCAGAACAUCUGUCAUUUGGUCCACUCCAAACGUCUCCUUUGUAAUCCCUUUAUGGGUUAUAGUACUAGCAAUACUUCUCGGACUACUGGUACUAGCUAUGUUGACCCUAGCUUUAUGGAAGUGUGGCUUCUUUGACAGAGCGAGGCCUCCUCAAGAUGACAUGGCUGACAGGGAACAACUGACAAAUAACAAGACUACUGAUGCAUAGAGGAAGAGAGUGACAGGACAAGUCAGAAUCCUGCCUGAAACUAGAAACACAAUGAGGAUUAAAUGAAGGAUCCCUUCCACGAGUCUUCCUUUGUACCUGCAAGUGACACGGUGUCAUAAUCUGAUCUAUGCAAUGUUCUGAGAACAUGCCACAUGAUGGCCAUUCUUGGCAAAGAAAGCAGCUUUAUCACUGCCUUACAGCCACACUCACCACUGGACAGAAUCUUUAUCCCACCUUACAGUCAGUCUACAUUUCAAGAGAUGCUUUUGAACACGUGUGGUAUGCUGAGAUGCUUCCAGAACAAGCCCAAAUCUCCCAAGGAGAGAAUGCCUGCAUUGCUGUAUUAUAUGUCUAGAAGAUGGACCAGGAAAAAAACUUCCAAACACUACUGUAUCGUGCAGAAUACCUUUGACACCUCCCUAAGAAUAAGAACUUUUAUGAAAUUAUGGCUCAGGGAGACAAGCAAUAUAUCAGUACUGUGAAAGUACUUCUGAAAAACAAAGGUAGUCUAUAAAGAACGUUAUAGAUGGGGCACAAUUAUUUAUUUUUCCACCUUUUCAGGAUAAGUAUCUGAUAUAAUCCUUAACUUAGAUUUUGAGAGAAGAAAGUUAAAAAAAAAAAAACCAAAACAUAAAUCAUGUACUUACCUUGCAUGUAAAUAGAAAAGUAAACCCAUUGUACACACAGAACACGUCUUUCUUGGCUACCAGGUGUUGCGGAAAGCAGAGGAUUUAUGCAACAUUUUAAAAGAUGAGACAUAUGGUAAAUAAGUACAUGUUGUAUCUCUUUCAAGCCGGAGCUGGCAGUAUCACACCCAGGUAACUAAACCUACACACAGCAUAGAGCAGGGGAUGAGUUACCUUCUCAUCCAGCUGCUGAUGGCUGACACCCGUACAGCUGACACAGGAUACAACAAUUUGUGAAACACUGAAUUAAAUUAUCCCAGCCACACUGGCGAUACUGAGAAGGCUUGGAGGUUUUGGGCUAGAAUAAAUUUUCUUUGCCAUUGCCCUGUUUCUUUGUUGAAAUAGCCUCUUAAAACAGAAUAGCUACUGCCGUUGUAUCUUCUGUUAAACUUAUGUCAUAGACCCUAACGCUUUGUUCACCUAAAGAAAUCUUUGCCUUUUUCUCAUCUUGUUCUACAGUCUACAAGUUGGCAGCAUAUUUAAAGUGUUGAUCUCAGCAAAGUUUAGGGCUGAAUAUAAUUAUUUCUAAAGCAAAGUCUUGCAGGGAAGGUGGGCAGGAUUUGUAUUCAAGCAGAAAAAUAGGAUGUCAGCCAACCAAGCAUGAACAAAAAGAAGGAAAGGUAUUUUGAGGUAAAGAGUAAAAAUAUACAUUUAGGAUUUUAUUUUUUUUUUUUCUGGAUCAAACAUUCUGAAGAAGAGAGGCUUCAGUCUUUCUCUUCUAUCAGCAAAUGGUCCUUAUCUCAGCAGGGCCUGUAAGCUCUGGAUCUGUGCAAAUUUGUGCCUGAGAGCUUGAGCCUUCCAGUGCUGCCUGUGAAAAUGAAAUUAGCUGUGUUGGGUAAAGUUCAGGGGGGAUUGUUCAUUUGCUGGAACCGACACUACGCUUCCCUUCUGAGCUCCUUUGCUUCCCAAUCCAUCUCAGCUUCUCAAUCAGCAAAUGGCUUCAUCCCUUCUGCCACUGCUUGGCUCCUUUGAGAUAACUCCCCUUCUGCUUCCUAAGACUUCAGGACAGGACUAGCCAUGAGACAUUGUCACUUCCCUCAGUCUCAGAGAACAUUUGACACUCUUACUGUUCCUUGCACACAGGCUGACCUGUGAAAUCCAAGCAGGAGCUGGGAAACCUGAGCAGCUGUGUUCCAUCUUCAUACUUAAGGCAAGUUUGCAAGACCUUGGUGGAGUCUUUAGCUUAUCAUAUGCAGCGUGGCCACGAGACAGUGAGGGGAGGACCCGUGCCUCAGAACAUGGAGGCGCUUCCCUCUGUUUUCUGAGGAUGGGGAAGGCUGACUCUUUCCCAGUCCCCCAGAAAACCCUUCCCCCAAAAUGGGUUUGAGCUGACCCCUUGUAGGUUAGAGAGAUCAACUGACAAAUGCCACCACAACGCAAGCCCGUGCCGUAUUUGCACACCUCUGUAUGCCAUGCAUUCCAGGCAAAAUCAGCCUCCCGGGGAAAAGACCGUGAGCUUCUAGCUUUUGUAAAUAUUGAAUUGUUGCGUGUAGCAGCUUGUGAAAUAAGAUCCGCUAGCUCAUUAACAGUCACAUCAUCUGCACAGCUCUUACUCUGAUGAAAUAGCACCAUAAGGAGAUACUGAACAUAGGACUUUUGUAUGUGCAAUACUUUAUAUUACUUAUAUACCUGAAGCAUGUUUACACUGGCAUUUGUGGUUGUUUUUUAAACUUUUGAAUAUACUGAUUAAUGAUUACAAUAAAGAAAAAAAAAAAGAAUAGAAAAAAAA